AUGAGGGUGAUCGAGAAAGUGAAGGCUGAUUUUGAAAAGGCGGCCAAAGACAUGAGGAAGCUGAAAACCAGGCCAGAUGGUGAGGAACUAAAAGAACCCUAUGGGCUCUACAAACAAUCUGUAAUUGGAGAUGUAGAUACUGAGUGUCCAGGACUGUUAAAUCUAAAAGGCAAGGCUAAGUGGGAAGCUUGGAACCUCAACAAAGGAUUAUCAAAGGCAGAUGCCAUGAGUGCCUGUAUUUCUAAAGCAAAAGAGCUAAUAGAAAAAUAUGGAAUAUAG